AGUUGCUGAAAUAGAAGAACUUGAACUUGAAUAUUUAUUUAAUUAUAUUCGUUAUUUGAAAACAUUUCCUAAAUAUGCUGAUAUGACUGAAGAGGAAAUCUUACGUGAAGUUGAAAGUGAUCCACAUACAUUACGUCAACGAACAAAAGAAAUUUUAAAAGGAAAAAUGUCUGAUUCAUAUGCAGCUUAUAUUGCUAAAUAUCCAAUAAAAAAACAACGUCGACGUGAACAUCCAACAUCACCAAAUAAAUAUCGUAAAUGUUCACGACGAUGUUUUGAUGGACAAUUACGUACAUGGCGUCGUAAUUUACAUCAAUUUGAUGAAAAUAAUGAAUAUAAUAAACAAGAAUUGACAGAUACUAUUGAAAUAAAUAACAUCAAUGAACUUAAUCAACCAACAUUAACAACGUAA